AUGUGCCGAUACGUCCUCGAGACCUGCCCUUACCCCGAUCAAGAUCCGGUUACUGCUCUGAUCUUUGAACCUACCAAGCUCAAGCUGUGGGAAAUCUGCGAACUGCCAACAGCAUGGGGUCGCCUCAGCUGCGGCAAUCUUGUCAUCCAACAUUCACUCUCUCCAGCUGAGCAAAUCGUGUCUACGCCAGUCAAAGCUAUCCUUACCACUCAUUCCAAUCUUCCCUCCGAAUCAGAUUCAUGCCUCAAGACAAACUUGGCACACGUACCUCAUCCUUCAACCGACAGCGCCUAUGUCGCCACCAAUAUUCAAAUGAAGCAGCCUCAAGAGACCGCAGCAUGUGUCUGGUGUUCUGCAGUCAUGAAGUACGCGGCCACCAAGUCAAAUGAAGUCCGAGCCUUAGCUCAAAAGUCACUUGAUGAAAUUGAAAGAGUCAUGGACACGAGCGAGGAGCUGAGAGCGAUCCAGAGAGACAUUCAUAUCAAGACUCAAGAGCUGAACUCUCUGAGGCACGUCGCUUGGGCUUUGUCACGUGAGCAAUGGGAGGACAAGCUGGUCAAAGACACUCAAGAAGAGAAGGAUAACUCUGACAGUUAG